UUACCCCAUAGAGCAUUCCAUCAGGAUCCCCGAAGCGAAACCCUAACCCACGUCGCGUCGUCCCUUUCCCAACGGCCACUCCAAAUACUAACGAUACAAAUCCACCCCCAAACUCCGUCAUUAAUUACGAUCCGCCCACCCCUCCGCUAUAUAUACUUCUUCUCGCUUCCCUAUGGGUCUGCCAAACUUAGUCCAGAAAACACCCUUUAUCUAGAAAAAAAAAAAAAAAGAGAAAAUUAGUGGAAAUGUCUUUACAAUCAUCCAUCAGCAAAUCUGACGGUUCACGGAUCUCCACCCAUCAUCAAUCAUCACCAUCGAAUUGUGCCCACCCGUCUUCAUCAUCAUCUUCUUCCGCAUUCGCUUCGUCAAGCUCAAGCUUCACUUCAAGAUCCUCCACCUUCUUUGCUCGUGCGACUUCCCCCACUCGCGUGAACCUUUACGGACGAAACUCUUCUUCACAUUCAUUGCCGUCCGUUCGGUUCUCCAUCAACGAUCCCUUGGUCUCUCCCAAUCGUUCGAUCUCCUACAACAGCAAGAACAAUGCGGUGCCGUCUGGCGCCCACCACCAAAGGAAUAGGACGUGUUUGUGUUCCCCUACGACGCACCCAGGGUCUUUCCGGUGUGCUCUCCAUAAAGGACUGUCACUGUCGAGGAAUCAUCAGAAUAAUCGUCAACCAACUACGGCGUCAUUCCACUCCGGUAGUCCGUUGAAUUUGAGGAGAUCGGCGAUGAAGAAUUCGUUGGUGAGAAUCGGAGUGGAAGGAGAGCUGGUUAAGAGAGCGUUAACGGCUCUUAUUAGGCCUUCUUCGCAUCAGCAACGCCGCCGAGCCGCUAUUGAGCAGAGACCCAGUCGUCUUUCGAUUAUGUCUAAAGCCGAUUCUUGAACUGUUGGGGUUUUCUUUUUUAUUGAUGUUUGAUCGGAUCAGACGAGCCGGCUCAGUGAGUCGGUGCACAAGACUCAGGAUGACUCGGAUUUUGUUGUGGUUUUUAUCACUGUUUUUGCUAGGAGAUUUGAGGGAGGCAGACUUUUGUAAAUAUUUUGUUUGAGGAAAUUGAAUAUAUUUGAAUUUUUUUUUUCUUUAGAAUUUGUAAGACGAUGAAUUUAGUUACUAAUUUUUUUAGUUUUUUUUAUUAAUUCUUUUUGGGAACGGAUGAUUUGUAUAUAGAUUUUUGCCCCAAAAUUCAUUUUCUUGUAAUUUUCACAUUCUAAUAUGAGAUUGAAUUUUGUUGGUGAAUUGUGGAUUUGUGAAAUGGUUAUGGCAUGUUUGGAAUGAUGAAUUUGAAAGAAUGGAUUUUUAUUUGAUUUGCUUAUAUAAAUUGGGAGAGU